AUGGGUAUCUCCAGAGAUUCACGCCACAAGCGUUCGGCCACCGGUGCAAAGCGCGCUCACUACCGAAAGAAGAGAGCUUUCGAGAAGGGUCGCCAGCCAGCCAACACCCGUAUUGGCCCCAAGAGAAUCCAUCUCGUCCGCACCCGUGGUGGCAACCAGAAGUUCCGCGGUCUCCGUCUCGAAUCCGGCAACUUUUCGUGGGGUUCUGAGGGCGUGGCCCGCAAAGUCCGUGUCAUCGUUGUCGCCUACCACCCUUCCAACAACGAACUCGUCCGCACCAACACCCUCACCAAGUCCGCUGUCGUUCAGGUUGACGCCACCCCCUUCAGGCAAUGGUACGAGGCACACUACGGCCAACCCCUCGGCCGAAGACGCCAGGCCAAGGCCGCCGAGGAGGAAGUGAAGAAGUCCAAGAGCGUUGAGAAGAAGCAGGCCGCCCGAUUCGCCGCCCAAGGCAAGGUCGAGCAGGCUCUUGAGAAGCAGUUUGAGGCUGGUCGUUUGUACGCCGUUAUCUCCUCGAGACCCGGACAAAGUGGCCGAGUAGACGGAUACAUUCUUGAGGGCGAGGAGUUGGCUUUCUACCAGCGUGCUAUCAGAAAGUAA